UGUCUAGGUCGUUUGGGAAGCGCCUUGGAGAGUCAAGAAUAAAAUUGCAGGUCAAACAAUGGAUGACUGGAAAAGUCGGCUUGUAAUCAAGAGCAUGCUUCCCCAUUUCGCCAUGGUGGGAAAUCGUCAGGAGCCCAGAAAGCUCCAGGAAUCGCCACAGGGAACCAUUAAGAGGAGACAGGAAGGAGACAACUUCCAGUUUCCGGGCAUGGCUGACGGGGGUUACCCUAAUAAAAUCAAGAGGCCUUGCCUUGAGGAUGUUACCCUUUCUAUGGGCCUGGGUGCCCACCCCAGCACACCCUGUGCAGAGCUGCAGAUUCCCCCGUUAACAAUGAAUCCUAGCCCUGCAGCUAUGGGAGUAGCUGGCCAUUCGUUACUACUCGAAAAUAACCCCAUGAACGGCAGUGUGAUGGGUUCGCCAUUUGUGGUGCCACCGACUGCAGAAUUGGGACUGAAAGGGCCCACUGUUCCUUACUAUGACAAAACCAACAGCAUGCCUGCUGUGGACCAGGAACUUCAAGAUCUGCUGGAGGAGCUAACAAAACUUCAAGAACCUUCUCCGAAUGAGCUCGAUCUUGAGAAGAUACUGGGGAGCAAGCCAGAAGAACCACUGGUCUUGGAUCACUCUCAGGCAAGCUUCAGCACAGCUCCCAAGCCUUCGGUUCAGAUGCCGCACUUGGAGAGCCUUGGUUCCAGCAAGGAGUUUGCUUCUAGUUGCAGCCAGGUCACUGGCGUGUCACUUCAAAUCCCGCCCUCCUCUGCAGGGAUCAGCUAUGCGAUUCCCUCCACCAGUAAGCAGCUGGUCUCACCUAGUUCCUCCACAGCGCAGGCCAAGAACCAGGUGCAGGCGAUGCUCCCUGUCGCUUUGCCCCCACUCCCGGUGCCUCAGUGGCAUCAUGCCCACCAGCUGAAGGUGUUGGCAGCCAGCAAGCAGGGAUCUGCUACAAAGCAGCCAGGGCCCACUCCCAGUUGGUCUGGCUUGCCUCCUACAGGCCUCUCCCCACCUUACUGCCCAGUGCCAUCGCCACAUCCACCACCACCAUUCAGCCCUCAGAGCCUCAUGGUGUCCUGCAUGUCAUCCAGCAACCUGCCGGGGAGCACUCUCCAAGGUUCUCCCAAUGCCUUACUCUCGAGCAUGGCAUCCAGCAGCAAUGCUGCCCUUGGGCCCACCAUGCCCUAUGCUCCUGAGAAGCUCCCCAGCCCAGCUCUCAAUCAACAGCCGCAGUUCAGCCCGCAGAACUCCAUUCUUGCCAACCUGGUGUCCUCUACCAUUAAAAACCCUCAAGGACACCUGAUGCCCGCUCUGCCUACCAGCAACCCGGGGCCCUCCCCACCCUACCGCCCAGAGAAGCUCUCCAGCCCAGGCUUGCCGCAGCAGUCCUUCACUCCACAGUGCUCCUUGAUCCGGAGCCUCACUCCCACCAGUAACCCGCUUAGCCAGCAGCCACAGCAGCAGCAGCAGCAAGCAAAUGCCAUCUUCAAGCCUGUGACCACCAACUCACCCAAAACCCUGAGCAUGAUCAUGCAGCAGGGGCUAGCCAGCCCCAGCCCAGGAGCCCCAGAGCCGUUUACCUUUGGCAACACCAAGCCUUUGUCACAUUUCGUUUCUGAGCCGGGCCCACAGAAGAUGCCCUCCAUGCCUGCCGCCUCUAGGCAGCCUUCCCUGCUCCACUACCUGCAACAGCCGACGCCAGCACAGGCCUCUUCUGCCACUGCGUCCUCCACUGCCACUGCCACCUUGCAGCUGCAGCAGCAGCAGCCUGACCACUCUUCGUUCCUUCUGCAGCAGAUGAUGCAGCAGCCCCAGCGCUUUCCGCGAUCAGUAGCCUCGGAUUCCAUGCCUUCUCUGCCCAGACAGUCCCCACUCUUCGUUGUCCUGAUCCCUGCCUAUGUUAGUUAUGUACUGCCACGGAGUUGGUCCUUUGAUGGAAGCACACAGCCAGCAGUGCUCACACGGGGGUGGCCAGGGAGAGCAGCAGUGCUGAUGCUGGCGCUCCACCCUAGCAGGCAAGAUCCUCAGCCUGGAACUGUGUCACCGUCUAACAUUACUCAUGUAGACAAAGCCUGCAAGCUUGGGGAAGCCAGGCCCCCCCAGGUCAGCCUCGGGCGACAGCCCCCAUCCUGCCAGGCCCUGGGGAGCGAGUCCUUCCUGCCCGGCAGCUCCUUUGCUCAUGAGCUGGCCCGAGUCACCUCCUCGUACAGCACCUCAGAGGCAGCGCCCUGGGGCGGCUGGGAUCCGAAGGCCUGGAGGCAGGUGCCUGCUCCACUACUGCCUAGCUGCGACGCCGUAGCAAGAGAAGCAGAGAUCAGGUCUUAUGGCAAUGACCCCUGAACAGCGGAGUGCAUAUGUCGCCCAACAGAUGAGUCAGUUUCAAGCCGUCCAAGAACAAGUCACCUCCAAGUGUAGCCGGACCAAGGCCAGCCCCCCAUCCAGCCAGCACAUGAUGCCACCCAGAGCUGG